CACAGGAGUUCACGGCACGCCUCACGCCUUUUGCCAUCUUUGUCGCUAUCCAUCACUUACACCUGCAAUAAUUCGCCGAGGGCUUGCCUCGUAGUUAGCCAUCGGUUCAUUAUGAAGUUCAAUAUCGAUGACCUGCCUGUGCUAUUCCCUUAUCCCAGGAUAUACCCAGAGCAAUAUGCGUGAGUUGUUGGGCGUUGCGGUGUCCGAAUGGGAGAGAUAGACUAACCAUGAGGCGCAUUAAGUUACAUGUGUGAUCUCAAAAAAACACUAGAUGCAGGGGGCCACUGUGUUCUGGAAAUGCCUUCGGGCACAGGCAAGACCGUGUCUCUUCUGUCACUCAUUGUUGCGUACCAACAAUACAUGCCUGAAAAGCGCAAGCUGAUCUACUGCUCUCGUACCAUGUCCGAAAUUGAAAAGGCAUUAGUAGAGCUGAAGUCUCUCAUGAAAUACCGAGCCGAGCAGCUCGGUUAUGAAGAAGAGUUCCGUGGUCUAGGCUUGACAAGUCGAAAGAACCUGUGUCUACAUCCUUCAGUCAAGCGUGAGAAGAGUGGCGCCAUCGUCGAUGCUCGUUGCAGGAGUCUCACGGCCGGCUUUGUCAAGGAGAAAAAGGAACGUGGAGAAAACGUAGACGUCUGCGUGUAUCACGACAACCUAGACCUUCUCGAGCCUCACAACCUGAUUCCUAAUGGCGUCUGGUCUUUCGAUGACAUGAUUCGAUAUGGUGAAGAGCAUAAGCAAUGCCCAUACUUUACUGCACGGCGAAUGAUGCAAUACUGCAACGUCGUCAUCUUCUCCUAUCACUAUCUGCUCGACCCCAAAAUCGCCGAACGGGUAUCAAAGGACUUUUCCAAGGACUGUAUCGUUGUUUUCGAUGAAGCUCACAACAUUGACAACGUUUGCAUCGAAUCUCUCAGCACAGAUAUCACAGAGGACUCUUUGCGUAAAGCCACAAGAGGAGCUCAGAAUCUAGAGAACAAGAUUUCACAGAUGCGUGAUACAGACCAGCAGCAACUACAGAAUGAGUAUGAGAAACUAGUUCAAGGACUGCGUGAUGCUGACGAGGCACGUCAAGAAGAUGCCUUCAUGGCAAAUCCUGCCCUUCCCGAAGACUUACUCAAAGAGGCUGUUCCAGGAAACAUUCGGAGGGCAGAACACUUUAUUGCUUUCCUCAAGAGAUUCAUUGAGUAUCUGAAGACGAGGAUGAAAGUGCGCCAGGUCAUUUCUGAAACGCCGACUUCGUUCCUUGCCCAUCUCCGAGAGCAUACUUUCAUCGAGAAGAAGCCUUUGAGGUUUUGCGCUGAACGUCUGACAUCACUGGUUCGGACCCUCGAGCUCACCAAUAUUGAAGACUACCAGCCUCUUCAGGAGGUUGCAACUUUUGCAACGCUGGUGGCAACGUACGAGAAAGGCUUUCUCCUUAUCCUUGAGCCUUUUGAGUCCGAUACUGCUGAAGUCCCUAACCCGGUCCUUCACUUCACCUGUCUUGACGCUGCCAUCGCUAUCAAGCCCGUCUUUGACAGGUUCUACUCUGUCAUUAUCACGUCUGGUACUAUUUCUCCACUGGAGAUAUACCCCAAGAUGCUGGAUUUCUCAACUGUCAUUCAAGAAUCCUAUGCCAUGACCCUCGCUCGGAGAUCCUUCAUGCCUAUGAUUGUCACUCGAGGCAGCGAUCAGGCUUCCGUCUCGACCAGCUUUCAAGUGCGGAAUGAACCCAGUGUGGUUCGAAACUACGGCAACCUACUCACUGAAUUUGCCAAGAUCACGCCGGAUGGGAUGGUUGUCUUCUUUCCAUCUUAUCUUUAUAUGGAAUCUAUCAUUAGUAUGUGGCAAGGAAUGGGUAUCCUUGAUGAAGUUUGGAAGUACAAACUGAUCCUGGUGGAAACGCCCGAUGCACAGGAAACCUCGCUUGCUCUGGAGACGUACCGCACAGCGUGCUGUAACGGUAGAGGUGCCGUUUUACUCUGUGUCGCCCGAGGAAAGGUAUCCGAAGGCAUCGAUUUCGACCAUCAAUAUGGUCGUACUGUGCUAUGUAUUGGAGUUCCAUUUCAAUACACCGAGUCACGUAUUCUCAAGGCUCGUCUUCAGUUCUUGAGAGAAACAUACCGCAUCAAGGAGAAUGACUUCCUCUCCUUUGAUGCAAUGCGACACGCCGCACAGUGUCUUGGCCGAGUCUUGCGUGGUAAGGACGACUAUGGAAUCAUGGUCCUUGCCGACCGUCGAUUUCAGAAGAAGCGCUCACAGCUACCCAAAUGGAUCAAUCAAGGCCUCCAAGAGUCAGACGUCAAUCUGAGCACCGACAUGGCCGUCAGCAGCGCAAGGCGAUUCCUUCGGACUAUGGCGCAACCGUUCCGGGCUAAAGACCAGGAAGGCAUCAGCACCUGGGGAUAUAAGGACCUGAUGGAACAUAAGGAGAAGAUGGAUCUAGAGAGGAUCAAGGAGCUUGAGGAGGAAGCUCAACGGCCAAAGCCUGCCGCGCAGGACAACAAUUUUGAGUACCACGAUGACGAGUUCGACCAAGAUAUGAUGGAGAUGGAUGGUUUCUAGACUCGUUCGAGCAACUGCGAUACCAGAUGUUAGCGGUUUAGACUGCAAAACCAAAAGCAUAUCAAGUUGUAUCAUAUUAUUUAGAUUAAUUAGAGAAUGCUAAAGCCGGUCUAAAGUUGGUUAUAUGGCCCUUGUGCAAUGCUGAUUCAACUUGAACAGAAAUCUAACCGAGCUUUCCCUUUUACUGGUUCCAAACACAAUGCCAGAACGCCGAAUGCUGUCCGUUCGCCCAUCUCGCGCCUGCUCAAUCAAAAGAAACAAAGAAUAAAAUAAGGAUAUCAUCUGCUCUAUGCGCGAAUGGUAAGAACAAUAAUCUAAUCUACCAAAAGUCUCUUGGCAGCUUUUGUUGCUCGGAGGGCGGGAAUAGAAUGAGCCCGGCCUGGCUUUCGUCCAAUCUCGAUGCAGAGCAUUCGAAUAAAAUCAUGAUUAGUCCAAUAGCUGGAGUGCGCACUGAGCAUGUUGAGAUACUGUAUCUCCAAAGGCCCUCCCCCUGAGCGGAGGUACCAGUCGAUUUGUCCGUUAUCGUUAAGCAGAAAUGCCUUUCUCUCUGCAAUUUCCUCACGGGUAAAGUCGUGCACCUCGAGCUCUAACUGAGAGGGUAAUCGGAUCGUUGAAGGUCGCUCCGGCUCCGGGACGAGAGGGUUUGGUGCCGGUGCCAUGCCUGGUACUACUCCUCGCAUUGCGGCGCCGACAGACUUCCACAGAGAACCCGAAAUGCUAGGGACAUAAGCCUUCUUGAGGCUCGCCGCGUAGACAGGGUCCACAGCGCCAUUGAGAAGGUACGCGAUGGGAUCUUCCUUAGCAAGGAUGUUGUAUAUGUUGUCCACAGCCAAGCAGCCAAAAGUCCCGGCGUCCGCUACGACGUCUUUUGAUACGAUGUCGUUCGAAUCAGCUCCAGGCUUCAUUCGACCAUGGCGAGGCAUAAGGACACCACGCUCCAGAAGAAGAAAGAAUCCCGCAGGACUGCCCGCCAGGAAAAGAUUCUUGGUAUCAAACUCGAAGAAACGUGCCUCGGGUUCCUUUCGAGACCAGUCCAGCCUUGGCACUGUGGUUGGUUGAUUUGAAAGAAUCUCAAGAGCCAUCGCACUCCCAAGGGAAUGUCCGAUCAUGUGGACGCGUCCAUUCUCAGCAAAACCUGGAUUGUUACGGCACCAGAGUCGAUAGACACGAUUUGCUUCUGAUACAAGAGCCUGGAUCAUUUUCCCUUUGUGGUGUGACAUGUAAAAGGGGAUGUCGAACAUGAUGUCUGAUAUCAUGCUGCGAACGGCUGGAAUCGUAUCAGGUUCGAUGUCUUUGAGUCCAAACCCCUCCGGCGUGUACUCCUCCUUAUCUUCCUCCCUCAUUGGCCCUCCAUCCUCAAAAGAUAGGCCCAUUCUCCAAUUUAGGGGCAAGAUCAUCAGUCCAUUCUGAUCGUCGCGCAAAACCUGCUUGACCAAAGGGCUCUGAAGCUCCAUAUUCACAGCUCGGCGAAAUCCAUUGAUGGCAUGAGUGAAAUGGAAACUUUCAACCCUCUCCGCAAAUUUCUGGCCGAUGCCGUGAGCGACAAGAACCAGAUCAGUCACUUGACGCUUCUCCUUGUCGGCUUUGCAAGCAGCGCAUACAUCUUGUCCACGGCUUUCGUGCGACUCAUCGGCAGCAGAAGCACCUGCUUUGUUUGGUGCCUGUUUCUUAUGGUGGAGGCGCUCCCAUACUGCUCGGUCGAAUCCUCGAGCAACAGGAAUUCCAACAGUGACACCUUUCAUGAUCUUCAUCGUCGGUCGUCGGCCAUAGUAUGCUGAUGGCUUCAGGCUCGGUUUCAGUAGAAAAGCUUCAGUGGCAUUCUUAUACAGGACAUGAUAAUUCGAAUACGGUCGUGUCGGGAUGUUUGCGUCUUCCGCUGUUGCCUUCUUCACGGGAGUCGUAUCAAUAUUACCUUCAGCAGCAGCUUCACCCCGAAAGCAGCGAGCAGCGCAAAAUGGAUCUGAUGGUAUAACUGGCUCGGGGAAGUCGUCUCCGGAUCCUAUCUCUGAAUCUUUAGGCCAUAGUCUAUGCGAAAUCUUUUCUUCACCCAGUGGUCCCACGUCGAUAGCACAUCGGAGUUCAUCACUCCAUGUCUCAGUCCAUGGUCGCAAAUAAUGAUAGCCGGCCUCUAACUGGUUAGCAACAGCCGGCGGUAUCGGGAGCAUGGUAUCUCUGGAUUAAGUCAGUUAUCCUUCCUCCUAAUCGACCCUGGAAAUACAACCUAUAGAACCACGUCGCCCUAGAAACAACUGCAACAUCGUUGAUGGGAGACCAGUAUAUCGGCUUCAUCUGAAGCACAGGCAACGAGACCAUAUGAAGUCUUGAUAUUCCGACCGCAACCUCGGCUACCUUGGUCUGGCUCUCCUCAGGUACUGCCUGGGCCCCUUGGUUCGCAAUGGUUAGAGUCACUUCUCGUUCGGGAACAACUUGAGGAUGGUCUGGGUUUCGAGGGGCAUCCUGCCCUGGGCCUCCAAGUCCAAUCAGUGGGAGAGAUCCGGGUUCUGACUGUGUCUCUGGACUUCCAACGCGUACGAAUGGUCUGCCUGAUAUUCCAUCAUCGACAACUGGUGGUCGUGUAAGGCCAGGACUGCCAACUAGAGUUUGUACUCGUGGGGGCUGCGAGGUGGACAAGCUGUUGGUUCUUGCUCUCAUUUCUCCUAUAGUUGAUCGACGCUUAGAACUACGAGGCUCUGUUGUUGUUGUGGUCUUGGGGAUGCGGGUAAUUGGGUGAUUAGUAGUACUGGUCGAAGCGGUUCCUGGACGGCUCGAGGGUGUGCUGUUUGAUACCGGCUGAGCCUCAAUUUCAUCGUUGGCUUGCUUUUUCAACCGAUCAAGUGCGAACACGACCUGUUGCAUGACUUGAUCAACAUUCAGGGCUGGAUUUCGCCGCCUGACAAGUGCACAGAAAGCUCUCUCAAGUUCUUGGGAAACGUCAAGGACCAAUUCAGAGCAACAGGCGGGCACAGGCGUUGUGGGCAGUACAUCACUGGUUGGUGCUGUCACAUCUUGUGGCUGAUAGCCUUUCCGGUGCCUCUCCCAGUGCUUUGUAGUUAUAAGCUGGAUGAGCGAUGCUAGUACGUCUGUAUCGAAUUGAGGAGUGCGGUCCAGAUUCUUCAAAGCAUCUUGAUGAGCGCGACGUGAAGGCUCGGACAUGAGACUCAGCCAAGCCUUUUCCAGCGCAUUAUUAUCACCUCGAGAGAAGGGGCGCACUUGUCCCUUAUUUGUCUUUGGAUCGGCACCAACGGUUGAGGAUGUUGAAAGAGGAUCGUCAAUCGGGAUGACUGACGAGUAGAAGAACUGAGCCUCGACCGGGGGAACCUCAUCUUCGCGUUGAACGCGAGAAAUAGGAGCCAGGCGACACUUGACGCUGUAGGUGUGGUUAUCGUCAGUCAUGUCGAUCGAUGGUGGCGAUGUCUCGCUCGGGACGCGACUACGAGUGGGAUUGUAUUAGAUUGGAUUGUAUGUGUCUCAACAACGCUGUCGGGUCACGCCUUGAGUGGCAGCUGUAUAUUCUGUAGGAGUCGGCCGUGCCAUAGGUAGAUAGAGCUUGAAGCUUCCUCGCUGGUCUCUCACAAAGCCAUAGAAAUCGGAAGAAGAAGAAGAGAACUUGGCUAAGGCCAAGGCUUCAGGGCUGACUUGAUUG